AUGGGGCCCAAGACGAAUCCGAAGGACAAAGCAGGCAAAGGCCGCGGCAAGCAAGAUGGCGCUGCUGCUGCUGCACAAGUUUCUCGCAUCGACUUCGGGUUACCACAAUCUGUCGUAGCCUCUUUGCAGGCUAUUGCAGCACGCUCUACGCAGGACCUUUGGUCCUCACCUGCCGCGGUGGCUGCCGAUCUUACUAUCGAACAGCAACACUCGCGCCAGGCAUCAGCCUCCUACAAACUCUCCAAGAGAAUUGCGGGGAACUCAAAGGCGAAAGAAGAUCUCGCAUCGGCUUUGGCAGAAUGGGCAGGUACUAUAGGCCUCCACCUUGUAGGCCUUGUGCAACGGGUCAAAGCCCUGGGAGACAAGAUCGACGAGGACCUACGGGCCGCAUGUCAAGAGAUGGAGACGACUUUGGUGGACCUUCCGUCUUCAACGACAGCGGAACGUAUUCAGGCCGCGAGUAUGAAGCUCGGGCCAGUGUGGACAGCCCCGCAGGCUUCCGAGAUUGUUCGGAUUGCCUCGGCUCUCCGCGCUUUCAGUGUGGUCCCUGGCUCAGCUUCGAGCAGCGGCGAUGGAGCCUCAUCAACACCCGGUGCAGUCUUGGGGCCUCCUGGGAUUGGUACUACGCCGCUCAGAGAGGCGGUUGCUCUUUUGAGCACGCCAGGGGCUCCGGCAACAGCCAUGGGUACUUUGACCACUCCGCGGACGACAGGAGCAGUGGUGGUACCCGCACCGACUGGUAUACUGGGCCCUGCCUCGAAUGCAGAAGUGAGGAUGGAUAUCGGGGAUUCCGGCCUGAGACAUCGGCGGUGGAAACGUGGCAAUGUGGCUCUUCCAUAUCGGCCGAGCAAGAGCCCUCGCAGAGAGGAGCCUAUAGGAUCUGGGCCGUCUGGGGCCCUUGCGUCCCCAGAACCUGCAUCUGCGCCGUGGGUGCGGGGGACCACCGGGAGAACUCCGGAGGCGGUGCACCGUCCGUCCCUUACAGAGGUGGCCGACGACAUCGAGUUGCUGCCAGACCCAUCGUCGGUCAGCAUACCCACGACCUGGCUCGGUGCAUGGCAGCAAGCCGCUAUGUUCUGUUGUGCCAACGGAGGCGAGCACAUCAACGAACUUACCGCCGACCCAGAACAAGACGCUAUUUGGCCUUUACAUUUGGGGACCGAUGCAGAUGUGGCAAGUCUGCAGGCGGAGGCGGAAGCGUUUUGGGUGGCUCUACCUCACGCCGCUGCCACGGCAACAGAGGAGAUGUCCGCCGAGCUUGUGGCCUCCUGUCAGGAUCUCCUGCAGAAGCUACGUCUGUGCCCGGGAGCCCUUGCAGGCGUGCGACAGGGUGUGGUCGUCUUGAUUCAGGCGACCCUUGGCAAUCUCCUGGAUUAUCGGCAGUACGGGCCGGCUACAGCACAGGAAUGGCUUUAUCCGUCCUUGCUGAUGGAACAUGGAGGCUCAGCAGUUCAGAUCUUCCCAGCUGGCAGUUGGCAAGGCCAGCCUAUCUUCACCACAGGUUCCGUGCUACAUUGUGACCUGGCCUCUGCACUGGGGAUGCAGGCUCAUGAAUGGGAGAUGCGUCGCCUCAUUGAAAGGCCGAUGGGAGGGUCUAUUCGCCUCCUCCAAGUUCGGCGUGACCGGCCCUGCAUCGAGGCUAUCAGGGGUUGCCUUUUGGAUUUAGGCCAGGAUAUUUCCCGGCCCGUGCUUAUCCGUACUGGGAUUGGCUUGUUUCUCCCCACCGCCUCGGUUUUGCUUCUUCCCGAAGUUGACGCCUUUCAAGUGUGGCCUGGGCCUGAUGUGGUAGCCCCGCUCAGCGACUCGGAUUCGCUGACACAGCCGCCUUCCAAUGCCGAUCGGUUCGCGCUUAGCCUCACAAUGCCUCAUGUUGCUGAGUCUUCCUUUCAUGAGGCCUCUGGCAGUAAUGCUGUAGUCAUUUCGGAUGACGGGCUGUUCUAUGUUGCUUCACCCUCAUAUUGUGAUCAUCUCACCUUAAGGUCGGCAGUGUUGCAGGCCUUCCUUGAGGAUGGAGUUGGGGAUCGCCGUGUCCCUCUCCACUUUGCGCGUAUUCUGCCACCGCUGGACGGUCUGCCCUCUGUGCAGUUCGCUGCACUUCGCUGCAAUGCCGGAAUGUCCCCUGCCCUUGUUGACUUGCGGCCCAUGGGAGGCGCCCUGCAGGUAUUCGGGGCCAGCAUGUACGACACGCCAGCGAUGCGUAUUCAAGCAGCAAUUGCUAGGAAUGGCGAUCCGGCCGCUAGACGGCCGCUCACAGCACAACUCGCAGCAGGUAGUGUUCAGGUCAUGCGCCGUGAGGUCGAUGUUAACCCUUUUGUGGUCAUACAGGGCUACCUGGACGCUGAGGGUCAGGAUUCCGUAGACCAUCCGCAUACGAGCGAAAUCCAUCCCCUCUUGAUGUCUCUCCAGCAGUUCAGCCAUCAUGUGGAACACUACCGGUUAUCCCUUCGCUUGUCCUUCCCCGACUCGCUUACGCGCCUGUCGUGGAUUGAUGCUGCAGGACUGCCGGGCCGUGUCCACACUAUGUUCUGUUUCUCCGUCGCUAGUCCUGCUGAGACGUUUCGCUUUUACCUGCAAGGGGACCGCCCUUUCUUUCAUUUCAAGGAACUCUUGCAGCAAUGUUCCGGAAGGCUAGGACGCGGCCCUGCCGUUCUGGUCUCACCUAUGCCUCUGCAUCGAUGUGUUCAGUUUGUUGCCCCGCCGCGGGAGCUCACUCACUACACCGUUCUCCUCGACACUGGCAACCGCCGGUAUUGUGUUGAUGUUCCACACCAAGGCAGAGGGAUACGUACUGGAGAUGUCAUCCUCGCGCAUGCCGACGAGGACAGCAAGCCCUUUGAGGUUGGGCCUGUCUCCAUUCCGCUGGGCGCCGAUGCUGUGCAGAUUUCUUUCUUUGGGCAGUGCGCGUUGGCCAUUGGGUGUACGGAGCGUGCACUGCUGAAGUCUCUUGGCAAGAUGUUGCAGCUGUCGCUGGCCUCACCAUCUGGGAUCUCCCUGGCAGCAGUUUACACAGUGGUUCUGCUUCUUGGACGUGGCCAGCGGAGCUCGCUUCCUUUGCUGGGCAAUGCGGGCAUCUGUUACACGAGGGCACUGGAGAUUGAGCUCCCGGAACCGACGGAGGCAUGUCCUGCGUGGUGCCACGAACUUGCUUGUCGCCAUACCCAUUUCGCCACGACAGCGGAUGGCCUGCGCCACCACCUCUCUCGUCUGGCACCCUUUGACACCUUUCAGGUUGCUGUGUGGACUCCGCUGGGCGGACCCACCCUUUUCGAGGCACCAAAACAGGUCACCUCAGGUCAAUUCGCAUACUUGCUAGCAGCAGCGGGUCAUCGAGCCGCUGAUCAUCGCCUACACCUGGCGUUCGACACUCAAGCUACUGUUGCUGACGUUCUCUCCAUUCCAGCUGGCAGUUCCAUUUGGUGGAUCGUGCGGGAUGGGCUGGCGCGAGAGCUCUUACGCCCAGUUGCAUUCUGGUAUGAAGGCCACGACCGUAUUGCUGUUACGCUCAACUCCCAUGGUCAAGCCUCAGGCCUCAUCGCCUCGCCAGAAGUUGCGCGCUUAAGGGCACUGCCGCAAGGAGUCCGCACGGCUAUGCACAUUGCACCAGGCAAUGCUAAUAAUUUGGCAGUCAGCGGGCCGCCGGUCCUCUCAAUGUCCCCUACCAGGAUAGCCCUGAUCCCUCAAGGCUUGCGAGAUGGGUCUUUGACACUCGGCGUCCCUGCUGAAGGUGACUUUGUGUGGACUACACCGCGGAUCGUCAAAGGGGUCGCGCAUCUUUUGCACAUCCCGUCUGGGGUCGCCCCUCCGACACCUUUCUGGUUGCUACAUUUCCGAGGCAAAGGGGCGGUUGUCGCUGUACAAGCCCCCGGUUUUGACUGGACUUUUGUCUCGCAGCAGGCUGUCGAGGCGUUCGGGGGUGACUUCUUUACCAAGGGUGCAUUUGGAGUGCAUCACUGCGGGCGAGUUUUCCCAUUCAACACUCCCUUGCCGGUGCCCCCGCAUGGGGCCAUCAUCUCCCUGGUUCGCAUGACUCAGCCCAACCAUGCUGGUUUUUCGACAUGGGAUGCCCCACCGGAAGCUUGCUGGGUGCCUCAGUUUGACUACGAUAUCUGUAUGGGACCCCUUGGUGAGCCUGCCUUGUCUUUGCGUGCGACUGACAACGCCCGACACACUGGCCGGGGUCCGGUACGGUCACCUGAUGGCGACAAUGCAUCGCUCUGUCACCACUCCGAGAUGGCUGCGCAGCUCACCCAGGUGACUAGCCGUUUGCAGGACUUGACCACCCGGCUUGAGGCUUCAGGAGUGCUGGCCCCAACCACUGGCCCGGCAUCUCGCUGCGAUGUAGACUCGAGGCCAGUUGAAGCCUUGCACACCGCGUCGACACCUGAUCCAUGGACGAGUGUAGAACACUGGGAUGGCUCCAGCCCAAGGUCUCGAUCCUGGGGUCUCCAUAGUGUGGGUUCGCUGCUUCUCCUUUUUCAGCUCCGUCCAUGGAUGUUCCUUCUGGCUUCGGAGCUCUUGGGGCUACCUGUCGAUGCUGCGGGUGCGGUCACGGAGGACCCCACGGGCCCGGAAGCGCCGGUAGAGCCCAGCUCACCUUCAUAUUCUGACCUGCAGGCGCCCACUCCUGACACAACCAUCGAAGGGGAAGGCUUAGCCAGCACUGUCCGGGCAAGUGACUCUGCCGCUGCCAGCACUAUGGUGCCUGUUGACGGUCCCACUGUGGCCAAUGUGCCGGCCUUUGACCAGGGCAUGGUUCCGGCCAUGCAGCGCAGGGUUGCUGCACAUCUACAAGGUGUUAAUGUGGCUCCCCAAGGGCACCCCUUCCUACCACAUGGCUGUCCCAUUACGAUUCACGACCCCUUUUCGCGGGGGUCUACCUGUGAACUUCUCACCUCUAGCAUUGCUACCGGACUCAUCUUCGAGGAGAUGCUCCGUGACUAUGUUGCCCGGCGAGGGUGGCAGCCCCUUGUGAGCGUCUACCCUCAGCCCGAUGCUCUCUCAGUGCACCUCAUCCCGGCAGCUGCUGACACAGCUCAGAUCACUGUGCGGGGUCGAAGGGGGCGCAUCAGGGAACCUUAUACUGCUAGCCGAGAUCCUAACCGGCCCAUUCACUUGCGGGACGGAGAUUGCUUGCAUGCUGAUGUCGGUCCUUUUGGCCCCCCUCCGCCGGAGCCGUUGGGUUAUGCUAGGACGGUUCUUGUCGAUAGCCCUUCAGGCCCAUGUUGCCCAGAAUACCUUUCUGCUUUGCCUGUUUGCGACGCGGUCCAUCUGAGUCGCACUGACCAGCGGCACGUCACCUAUUCGCUUGGCCACUACCCUUGGCGGUUAGCCCCCGACGAUCAGGUCGCUUCACAUGUCAGUCACGCAGCUGGUUUUCGUGCCACCUACUUGUGUCCAUGGUUGGGGCCACAAGGUGACUUUCAGGGUCCCAGUACGCUCACUACCGCUGCACUAGCUCGUCGAUAUCAGGGGGGUGAUAGCGCAGUAGCAGGGCUCAUGCCGGUGUGGCCUGGCGACCGGAGUGACCGACUCUUGUUUGUGCCUCAGAUGACCGAGGCCAAUCCCCUAGUUUGUGUGGUCGCGCGAUCCGAACACUGCCAGCGGUCCUUGCUCCUGCCUCCUGACUCAGCAUACGAGCAGAUCUGCAGGGCAGUGGUCUACUUGGCUCGUUUCGAGGUUGGACAAGUGCGCCUGCCACCAGCUGUUUUUGCUCUUUGUGGUCUGAGGCCCAAUGCUGACAUCCACUUACGCACGGGCGAUGUUCUCGAUGUCUUGGCAGGUAGGCAGGAGGCAACUUGUUGCCGUCCCACUUCCGUUGGGCAGCUUAAGGAUAGCACCUUGUGGACGCGCCCUGUAUUCCUUUCCUUUCCUGUACCUGUGUACCUGUGGUUGCCCUCUCUUCGACAGCCAAUUGUGCACCUGCUCCCGGCAGGAACCUGGUGGGACCCGGUCUCUCUCUCAUUUGACGGGCCCUUUCGGCAGUCUUUCGCUGGCCGCUGGGUGCCUGUGUCGUGGGCCCCAAGCCAUGUUGUUCACAUGACGCAAGCUUCUGAUGAUGCUAAUAUAGUGCAUGUUUUUAUUGAAAGCCAGGGGCAGCUUGUAGCGCAGGCCACAGACAGGUGCCAGACGGUUGCUCGUUUUGCAGCUGCUCGAGGUUUGCUGUCCACUGAACUAGUUGUCAUCGGCGUGCCGAGUAUGUCUGUCGACUGGCGGCUACGGGAUGGUGACAUCGUCUUUGAUAAUUUUCUCUCGGACCCACAGGCACGCCCGUGGGAUCCCCUCGCUAGUGCCAGCCCCAGCCGCACUGCGCUAGGAGCGAUUACGGGGGCCUGCUGGAUCGUCACAGGGUCCAGUGCAUGCUUCGUCUUGGUCUUUUCCUCUUGGCUGCCACCUACAGGGGCUGUUAGAGGCCGUUCCCGCACACCGCCCGAUUCCAGUGAAGAUGAAUUUGACUGUACGGUUGCACCGGUUGGACUCUGGAAGCCUGAACUCACGCAUCCCCUUGAAUCUUUUCCUCAGCGCUGGGAUUAUCAUAUCCUCUGUCCCUUCCGAGGCUGGAGCUCUUGCAUACAAGCGCCGGCCUCCACCACGCAUACCGAUUUCCAACAUAUCACCCGAAGGUUCUGUGGAGGAUGGGUACGAGGCCAUCUAUUGUUGGGUCCGAGCCGCAUCACAGGCAUGGGUGUUGUUUUGCCCCUACCCAGUGCAGGAUUAGCAACAAUUUUUGUUCACGCCGGAGGAUCUAGUCAUGCCGCCGUUGUGCCCCGACACUGCUGCCUCGAUGUCCUUCUGAGGCACCUACAAAGAUUAUGCUGGCCAAUUGGAAUCUGGUUGCGGUUGCCUCCAGCUUUGACUCGAGCUCAGAUGCCUCGCGACGCUUCCUUGGCCUUGCGUGACGGAGACACCUUCUCACUUGAGCUGGACAUGUACCAUCCUGCUUUCCGGUCCCAACCAUCAGAAACUGUCGCCCGGGUCGAUCACCUCAAUCACCUCAAUCUUUGGCAUGUUCCGUUUCGGCUCCGGCACGGAGGCUGGAUCUUCAUUUGGCACGAUGAGGAAAAUCUCGAGCACCAGUGUGAGAGACACUGGGUAACUGCCCAUAGCACAUGGAUGCCCCGUUGGUCUCAGUUUGUCCCACCUAGGGGUGAGCCGCUCGCGGAUAAGAUCGUUCCCGUCCCCUGCCUUAAGGACGGCGAGUGCCAUUUUGUCCGCCGUUCCGACUUUAUGGAAGCUCGUGUGCUGAUGGUUGACCCCUUGGAUGCUUCCGCGGACGAAUGCCGACUAUUGUCACUCAGCCGGCUUGGCUGUGAUAUUCCUUUCGGGUGGCAACACAGACCGGAUAUCCAGAUCCGCAAUCGUGACGGGGGUCUCCGGGACGGCGAUGUGCUAGUGCCAACGUCUCGCGUCUCUGCUCGAUCUCGGUUCGCUGACAUCCUCGCUGCCCUCGGGUUGGCCGGGUUUAGGGGUUACUCUGGCCUCAGUCUUUUCCUGCCCCUUCUCUGUAUAAGCUUACCUGCCUCCUCCAUGUUCGCCCCGCCGCAGGAGGUUCAAGGGGGAGAUGUCGGUAACAUUGGCAUGUUUCCGUGGCGCGUUCCCGUCGAGCACCGAGCGUGCCAUGAAGCAGUCCCCUCUGAAGGGUGUGCCCGUCUCUUUUCGCCUUUUGAGGCUGAUGCCCCAUUGGUACCGGUCUCCCCGGAGACAUUGGUUGAGGACCUUACUAUCAAUUUGGUUAGUUGCGGUCCUGCUUGGUGCACAGACCUGAUGCCUGUUUGGCCGAACAUCUGGGUGCCACAUAUCAACUUCCUCCCUGCUCCAGAUGACAGGAGGUUAGUAUGUGUUCUCGUGGUUUCUCCAGAGUGGCAGUUACCUUGCGACCAGCACGCUCUACCGUCCACUUCAGUCGGCCCCUUCUUCGGCUGGCCCUAUAAUGAAGCGGUGGAUUGGCGCAACGGGGACCUGUUCUUGGCAAUGGGACCCUCAGGAUCCGCUCUGCAUGAUCAGCCCAGUUUCUCCCACGGGUCGGCUGUCCGCACCUCAGCCGUCUGGUCUUACGAUUUCUUUUGCACAUGUGCUCUGCCGGUCGUUGUUUGGGUCCCUGGGCGGCGCCCUUCCCGCACGGUCUUACCACCUGGCAGCCAAUGGCGGGCCAACUUGGCUGCCUUUGAGGGCGAGUUCCAGCAACGGUACCCGGGACACUGGGCGCCGGUACCUUGGGCAUAUUCACACGAUGUGCACCUGUGCCAGCGCGCUGAUGAUGAACCUCCUCACUGGCUCUGGAGCCCAUAUCGGGGACGCCUGGGACCUGUGCUCUGCUCAGAAGAGGAUGAGGUACGGCAGUGGCUGCAUUAUCUUGAGCCGCUGUGGUUUCGGGGGCACGCGAAGGUUCAUCCUAGCUUGGAACCCUAUGAACAUCAUUGGGUCCCCUUACUUGCGACCAACUCCCUUGUUACCGUCCUGGUGCUCGGAGCCCCGCGGCCCUUGGCGGUUAUCCUACCGUCGCGGCUUACUAAACGCUUGCUCUUCAAGGCACUGAAGGGACUGUUUCCCGACAUGACCUCUCUAGUCGGCAAUCAUCCGUCGCUGCGCUCUGCAGCCUCAGAUGGCAGUGAGAUCCGACUUCGACAUGGUGAUCUGCUGGCUACAUGUACCAGUCGAUGGCAGCCCUCCCUUGACUAUCAUUUGCGGCAACACUUCAGUAGUCCACUUGAGGCACAAGAGCUCGGCCUGUGGAGCCAUGACCUCGACUUUGACGGGCCAGGGAUGGCUAUCCUACACCGAGCCGGGGAUCUGUUUCCUCUUGCCAUUGCUCUCGAAGGCACCCAGAAAUGGGAUUCCCAUGCGUGUACGCUUCGGCCUGCUCUCCAAGGGCUUCUCGAAUCUUGGUGGCCAUGCACUGACACUGCCAGUUCCAUCACUAACUGUAUUCAUUUUCGUGCUUUCUCCGCCCCACUUGAGUCAGAGGCACCGGCGGUGAUGCGUAGCAUCGACGCAGAGCCGCCAGCGGAUAGGAUUGGUGACCCGCAUCCCCCGGACCUCCAUCAUGUUCCCAUGCCAUUUAGUCAUGGGCUGAGGUCCAGUAGCAUUGGUCGAGCCCUCGUCGUAGCUGGCAUGUUCCUGAGUACCGGUGGCCUGAGGGGCGACACUGCAGCCAUCCGCAAUCUGGGUCCCACUCAUUGGAGUUUGGUCUGGCUAGGUGUUUACCUUGCGGCCUUUGGAGCCCCCCGAUGGGAAAAGUCCGUUGAUUGUUGGCAGGCGGACCUCUCUGACGUGUGCCACCUCCAAGCAGCUAUGCACGAGACCUGGUGGACACGCUCACAGCGACUCGCUUUGCCGUCUCCGCUCCCGCCAGCAUAUCACGCAUCCUGGCAACUGUCGCCAGCAUGGAACGGAGGUGUCCCUGACUCUCUGCUAAUAGCCACCGAUGGUAGCGGUGCUGGGUCAGGGUCCUGGGCUUUUGCGGUCUGGGGUUUGUUCGCCGGCAUAUGGCACCGGAUCGAUUGGGAAGCAGGAACCCUUCCCCAGGCCAAUUGGAUGCCCGAAGGCGUCUCUGGGGGCGGUGCUGAUACACGCUCCUAUCGCGGUGAGCUCGCGGCGCUGCAGGCGGCAGCCAUGUGGUGCUUAGCGAACUUAGAUCUGUGGUCCAUGCACAUGGGGUCCAUGCCCCGCCUUCUUACUAUCGCGGUCGACAACUCCUCCGCCAUGCAGGUCGCUGCUGGCCAUGCCGCGACGGAUCAGCUCGGUGCGGCAGAGACUCGCGCUGUGUGGCAGGCCGUACAAGCCCGGAUUUCGACGAGCUUUCAGCAUGUGCAUAGUCACACUGGAGUCUUCGUCAACACCAUAGUUGACGCGCUUGCUACGUGGGUGUUACACGCUAAAGCCCACCCUAGCUUGGCGUCGAGCCGCUGGGCCCACUGGUUCUCACCGCUCAGCCCCUGGCUCUGGUUGGUUGCUAAGGCGAAGGUCGUUGACGGUCGCCCCACUUAUAGGAUGCCUAUCGGCCUGGGUCAAUGGUGUCCUCCUGCGCUCCCAGAGGAGGCCAGAAGUCGCCCAGGACGCUGGUCCGUAGCAGGAUGGCACACCUGGCGCUCUGGCGCCGAAAAAGGCCAGUACGGAUGUGAAAUUUGGGUCAACCCCCGUCUUGUCACACCUGCGCUGCAAUUGAGCGACUGGCGCAUUCUUCUUAGCACGCCCAGGAUCUUAGUGAUCACCUGCCUGUCUUCGCUCUUGCCAGUGACAAUUUGUUCUGCUCACGCCCCUCAUGCCGACAGACCAGACCGAGAGGCUACCGAAUUUUGGGCUCUCUUGACCCAAACACUGCAGGAGGCCCCUAGAUAUCGCGUGCUGCUUAUUGGCCUUGAUGCCAACGGGGAUUUCUGUUCGGCUGACGAGGACGACCACCUCAUUGGCACAUUGGUUUCGCAGGCGGAGCCGGCCCGUAAUGAUGACUGUCUGCUGGAAAUGUGUCUCCGGCUUGGCCUCGUCGCACCGGCUACUUUCCCCGAUACUCAAUUAGGGGAAGGAUGGAGCUGGCAACAUACUAGCUCUAAGCGCAAGCGUCUUGAUCACCUGUUGUUCCAAGCAGGGCCCUGGGAAAUCGCUCGUACUAGCCAAGCCCUUGCCUUUGAUAUCGUCAACGUCCAGCGGGACCACAUGGCCCUAUGGGCGCAGGCGACUCUACACGCUGCAGCUCCCCAAGGACGGCGUGAUGCCCCGCGUCGCUGUCUACCUUCGGAGGUUAUACAGGGAGGACAAGCCAUCUGGAAGGACGUCCGCCUUGAUGGCUUGAGUUGCACGGGGGAGCUUGUCCAGUCACUGCUUGACGGGUAUGGCGCAUGGCGGAAGGCCCUCCCGUCUCGACCACCUCUCACCCCGAAGCAGCCUUAUAUUCAGGCUACCACUCUGGGUCACCUGAACAGACUGCGAGAUUGGCGCGCGCAGGUACGGCACGUUAAGUCUGAGGGGGCGAGGCUUCUGCUGCAUCUGUGUUUUCAAGGAUGGAAGCAACAAGGCUUCCCUGACCGUCAUGCCCACCUACAGUGGCAUCAGCAUCGCCUAUUGGAAGCGGCCAUGCUGUCUCAGGAGUACCAUCUUAGUCGCAGAGCCCAUAAUUCUGCCAAGCGCGAUAAGGCAUGGUAUUUUCUGCAAUUGACACACCAGGCUACUGACCUUUGGCACCGCCAUGGCUGUGCCAUGGAAUCCAUCGUUAAACUCCGGUGGGCGUCUCGCAGGGCCGCCGAACGCAGAGCAGUCCACGCCGCAGGAGGUUAUAAUAUCGACGCGGCCUUGGAAGAACAAUUCCGGGAGCAAGAGGGGGGUCGUUUCGUAACUGCCCAGCAACUCCGCCUGACGCAACUUGCCUGGGAUGCCUCCCCAGCAAACCCCUGCCCGGCGGCAGUGCCUACACUCUUGCAAAUGGAGUCUGCCUGCCGACGCCAGCAAGGAUCCAAGGCACCUGGUCCAGACCUUGUGCUCAACGAACUUUGGCGCCACUACCCUGUCCAAGCUGGACAGUGGUUCUGGUUGAUUUGCACCCAAACCGCCCUAACCGGCCGAGAGCCCCCCCAUUUUAAGCUGGCGCUGAUUUGCGCGCUUUAUAAGAAAGGACCAGCGGCACUGCCGCAAAAUUACAGGUCCAUAGCCUUGAUGAGUGGGAUGGCUAAAGUUUACCAUGGUUUCCUGAGAAGGGGCGUGGGGCAUAGGGGGCUCCAACUUGGAGGGCGACCUGGCGUGCCGGUCAGUUUUGCGGUCGCAGCCUUCCGGAGUGCGUGGGCUCUCAGUGUAGAAGCUCACAGAAGUUGUGCCAUUCUUUAUGUUGAUAUUCGUGCUGCGUACUAUGAAGCGAGCCGGGACCUCAUCUUUCAGGGUGGUGAACUCGGACUCCAGCCAGAUGAGGGUCGGUUAUGGCACUUAGCCAGCCUUGUCACCUGCCUCCGCUGUGACGGCGCACUUCACCUUCUUGGGGUUCCGGCAGACGAAAUAGCCUUGUUGCAAGACUGCGUCGCAUGUGCCCAUUGGCAACUUGUUGGCUCUGAUAGAUACGUUCUAGCUACGAGAGGGUCGCGACCUGGCGACGGGUUGGCCGAUGUUCUCUUCGGAGCCCUCUUCGCUAUCGCUCUUCGUCACAUCGAUGACACUUGUUGUGCAGAGGGGCUCGCAUGCCACUCAGCAAGCACUGCGUCUGGUGCCGAAGCAACGCCGGUCUCCAUUGGCUGGGCAGAUGACCUGGCCAUCAUUACUGAUUACGCUUCGCCACGAGAGCUUCAGCAAGCCUUCCCGAGAGUUGCUGAAAUUGUCUUGGACACCUUGCAUGCCCUUCGGUUUAAGGUUAACUUGGGCUUAGGGAAGACUGAGGCUCUUCUUGACAUUCGGGGCCCUGAGGCGAAGGCAGUGCGAGGGGAGCUUUUCGGACAUGGGGGGCCCUGGCAGCUUCCCAAUGGAGCGGAACUUCGCGUGACCCCUGAGUACAGGUACUUAGGGGUCGUUCAGCAAGUUAGGGACACGGGUCGACGUGACACUGAGCUGAGCGCCCAACGUGGCCGGACGGCAUGGAUGCAUGGUCGCAACCUCCUCAGCAGUGAGUCCGUGCCCUGGGCCCUAAAACAAGCGUGGGUCGCGGGCCGCAUUCUGCCUGCCGCGUACGCUACGCUGGCUACCUGCAUCGCGGUCUCAGAACGCGCUACUGCACCAUUAGAAGGCCUCUUCGAACGACUCGCUCGCACUGUGGUGGGCUCUUGGCGAUUUGGUCAUGUCCUGCAUCGAGCCUCUCUUCUCUGCUUGCUAGGCCUCUCCUCCCCGGCACAGGCCGUGCUUAUUGCCAGGGCGAGGCUUACGGUCCAGCUAGUGCAUAAAGCCCCUCAACCUGUCUGGCGCUUGUUCGAUACUGCAUGGAAUCACGCGGUUCCUUGGUGUGAACUACUCGCUGAUGCAUGUCGGGCUGUCGCUCGUGGUGUUCCGGGCCGCUGUGGCAGGUUUGUCACCACCUCUCUUGCCUUUGUGCGCGAUAAUCAACGGGGGUUGCUGAAUGCUUGCCGCUUUCUUAGCCGAUGGGGUACCUUACACAGUGCCUUCCAUGAUCUAUGGCAUGACCUCGACGGCCCACGCAUGCGGAAAGUCCUGGGCCCUUCGGUUCAGGCUAUUUGCCCUCUGUGCCGCGCCGCACUCCCCAGUGCCCAGGCGCUUGCCGCACACGUUCACCGGAAGCACUCAGUUGUUAACUGGCUCACCCGUUACACGCACGGCACAGCCUGCUUUUGGUGUCACCAUGAAAUGCAUUCGACUGACCGUCUCAAGUAUCAUCUCCGCACCAACCCGUCGUGUGUUCAUGGUCUGCGAGUCACGGUCGGUGAGGUCUAUGAGUAUGGUACCGGCACCCGCCGUGGCGGACCUCGCGGACACCGAGGUGUCCCGGCCAUCCGACUGCCUCAGCCGCUGAACGCCACGCCAGCACAGCGUCGUGCUGCUGAAGCCGGUAGGGCCUGCUCAGCGGCAGAGCUUGCCACAGAGCUUCGCCAAGUGGUAGGGGCGGCGCACGUCUACGACUGGCCCCCUCUUCCCGAGCCACCUGUGCAACUGGCCGAUCAACGACUGCAAGCUCCCCAUGUUGAACAGCCUCCUGUUCCUCCCAUCUCUCAGCCUUCCGGAGUCAUCUCUUCCGCCUCGGGCUCUGCUGCGCCCCAGUCUCUUCGGUGGAGGUGUGUGCAUGACUAUGAUGAAAAGCCGACCAACUGGGCUGUACCCUCCAUGCUGUGGUCGGCCAAGGACGUCGGACAUACUGUCUGGCAGCUUCCACAGACUUGGCACCGUUAUUGGAACUGUUGGAAGGCUGCUUCCUCUUUGCAUCCGUGGGAUGAGGCUGCUAAGGGGCCUCUACGUGCACUGCGAGGCGCCGCAUCGCAUCACACUCCCUGUGCUCGUGACCCCCCUUUGCCUCUCCUCUGCCUUCUUGCUGCCACGGUUUCCUUCCGCCACAUCUGUGCCCGUGUUCGCCUCGGGGGAGCACUCUGGCUGUGGGGUCUCCCGAGUGCUACUGGCACUGCUGUGUUGCGGGCACUGCUGCCUUCUGCCGUCUUCUCUCGGCUUUGCCUUUCUGGCCGCACGGUCUUUGUCGCACACCACCCUUGCUGCCCCCGUGUGUGGCAGCCCGCUCUGGCUGCUCUGUGCGCUCCUGUCCCUGGCGGGCCGUCUCCUGCCGUGCUCCCUGUCCGUGCCUCAUUGAUUUUCCGUUCCGAGUCGCUGGGUCGCUCCUGA